AUAAUAAAAAACUUUUCAAUAAUCAUAUAAUCACAUAUUAAAAGUCCAAAAUGAGUACUGCAGAUUUAGGAAGUAUUGUUAAGGAUUCAAGAUCAAGAUCUAGAUCCAGAUCAAAAUCAAGAACUCAACCACCUUCAAGAUCAUCAAGUGGUACUAGAAGACCCUCUUUAAGUGGGAAAAGAUCGUUAUCAAGUUCAUCAUUAACUAAAAUAGUUGUUACACCAACUAAUAUUGAUAGUGAAAGAUCUAUUCCAACUGUAGAUGUUACAUUAGAUAAUAGUUUACCAUUAGAUUUCUUCAAACAAGAUUUAUUAGUAUUAAUUAAAACAUUAAAAAUUAGUAAAUGGCAUAAACGUCAAUUAACUGUAUCUAAUAUUUUUGUAAAUCGUAUAAGUGGAGCUUUAACUAAUUCUAUUUAUAAGAUUGAAUAUUAUGAUCAUCAUCAAAAUUUAAGAUUACCUUCAUUAUUAUUAAGAGUUUAUGGUAAGAAUGUCGAUGAAUUAAUCGAUAGAGAUGUUGAAUUGAAAACUUUAAUUAAAUUAUCAUCAAAAAGAAUAGGUCCAAGAUUAUUAGGUAUUUUCACAAAUGGUAGAUUUGAACAAUUUUUAGAAGGAUUUAGAACUUUAGGCAAAUUAGAUAUUAGAGAUCAAGUCAUAUCUCAAAUGUUAGGUAGAAGAAUGAAAGACUUGCAUUAUAAAAUUGAAUUAGAUUCUGAUGACCUUUCUUCUCCAUUACCAAAUUCUUGGAAAUUAAUAUAUAAGUGGUUAGAUCUUUUUGAAAGGGAGUACUUACAAACAUUUAUUGAUAACGGUAAGGAUCCAAAAGAUGUAUUUUUUGUGGAUUUUCAAGCCUUUAAACAAUUAGUCUUUAAGUAUAAAGAGUGGUUAUUUAAGAAAUAUGAUGAAACUAAUUUUUCUAAUAACUAUAGAUUCUGUCAUAAUGAUACUCAAUAUGGUAAUUUACUUUUACAUGAAUCCUUUAAUCCUAAAGAAAUUGUUAAUAGUGAUCAAGAAAAUGAUGAAGAUGUCGCUAUUGCCACCACUUCUAAUAAGAGAGAUAAUAAUUUGGUAGUCAUUGAUUUUGAAUAUUCAGGUUGCAAUAUUCCUGCAGUAGAUAUUGUUAAUCAUUUCUCUGAAUGGAUGUCAGAUUAUCAUGAUGAAACUCAAUCAUACUAUAUUCAUGAAGAAAAAUAUCCAAAUCAAAUUGAACAAUUGAAUUUGAUUAAGAGUUAUAUUGAAUAUGACUUUCAAUUUCCUUCAUCAAAUUUAAUCACUAAAACUAAGAUUUCAUUAGAACAAGGUAAUAUAAAUGCCAGUGAUUUGAUUGAAUUUGAAAUAAAAAAAUUGCAUAAUGAAUGUGUCUUCUGGAGAUCUACUGUUCAAAUUUAUUGGACACUUUGGGGAUUAAUUCAAAAUGGUCCUAUUAAAUCAUCUUCAUUAAUUUCUAAUUCUACAGUAGAACAAGGGGUUGAUAGUACCUAUACUAUCACUACUAAUGGAAUUGAUAAUUUAAAUAUCAAUGAUAAUAUUACUGUUGAAGAAGCAAUUACUUCAAGUGAUGAUGAUUUCGAUUAUUUGAAAUAUUCUCAACAAAAAGUUGCCUUAAUUAUGGGAGAUUUUAUUCAAUUUGGAUUUUUAACUAAAGACAAUAUUGAUGAAAAAUAUCAUCAUAUUAUAAAGACUUUAGAUACAGGUUUAUUUGAUAUCUAGUAUAUAAACAACAUUCCUUUCCUAUAUAAUUCAUCGUAUAGAUUAGCAUAUAAAUAAUAAUAAUUAAUAAUAAUAAUUAAUACUUUAAUCAUAAUUAAAUCUUUAAUCAUACUUUAAUCAUAAUCCGCAAAUUUUGCAAUCCCGCACUUUUAUUAUGAGGGCCUCGGAAAAAAAGAUCCACUGGAGAUAUUAGUCAAAAGUUUUAGUUUUACUCCAGGAAAUU